AUGACACGGACAACCGGGAAGGGCAGCAUUGAUAAAGCCUCUUCUUGCUUGCACCGACGCUCUUUCAAAGAAAGCUAUAAGAAAGACCAAGGCCCCUGGAUUUCUUUCAAGAUUUGGAAAGAAAGUGUUAGCUGGGUUAGCCUUGCAACGACGUGGUACAUCGAAUUACUCUUUCGAAUCAAUCUUUCUACCAAUGAUCUUACUGAUCAGCAGCCCGAUCAAGGUACUGCUCAGCCACGAAAUCCCUGCUCAAGAAGGUUGGAAUGGAACGCUAAGUGGUUCUAUGUGAAAGCAAUACAAUAG